CCAACCCUGAUCAAAGCCGCCUACCUCAGAUUUUUCUAAUGAUCCCAAAGACAUUGACUGGCACUGAUUAACAUGCUCGGGUGUGUUUGACUAGGGUUGGAGCUAAACUCUGCAGGAAUGUGGAUCUCGAAGUCCAGAUUUAAGGAUCUCUGGUCUAUAUGCACAAACUAAAGCUGACUAUCUGUGUUCAUGCAGUGAAGCCAGGUCAAUGUCCCAUACCGGAGAUGAUCCCACUCUGUGCUGAUAGCUGUUUCAAUGAUGGCCAGUGUCCUGCCACACAGAAAUGUUGCCCAACCACCGGUGGCUUUGCAUGCAGUGAACCGCGUGGCCAGGGAAGAGGUCAGGCAACUUGCCAUGGAAACGGUUCUGGCCAGGGAAGCGGCUAUGGCCAGGGCGCGGGUCAGGGAAGCGGCUAUGGCCAGGGCGCGGGUCAGGGAAGCGGCUAUGGCCAGGGCGCGGGACAGGGCGCGGGUCAGGGAAGCGGCUAUGGCCAGGGCGCGGGACAGGGCGCAGGACAGGGAAGCGGCUAUGGCCAGGGUGCGGGACAGGGCGCAGGACAGGGAAGCGGCUAUGGCCAGGGCGCAGGUCAGGGUGCUGGCCAGGGAAGCGGCUAUGGCCUGGGAAGCGGCUAUGGCCAGGGUGCAGGAGCUGGACAGGGAAGUGGCGCAGGAGUUGGACAGGGAAGCGGCUAUGGCCAGGGUGCUGGAGCAGGACAGGGAAGCGGCUAUGGCCAGGGCGCUGGAGCAGGACAGGGAAGCGGCUAUGGCCAGGGCGCUGGAGCAGGACAGGGAAGCGGCUAUGGCCAGGGCGCUGGAGCAGGACAGGGAAGCGGCUAUGGCCAGGGCGCAGGAGCUGGACAGGGAAGCGGCUAUGGCCAGGGCGCAGGAGCUGGACAGGGAAGCGGCUAUGGCCAGGGCGCAGGAGCUGGACAGGGAAGCGGCUAUGGCCAGGGCGCAGGAGCUGGACAGGGAAGCGGCUAUGGCCAGGGCGCAGGAGCUGGACAGGGAAGCGGCGCUGGAGCAGGACAGGGAAGCGGCGCUGGAGCAGGACAGGGAAGCGGCUAUGGCCAGGGCGCUGGAGCAGGACAGGGAAGCGGCUAUGGCCAGGGCGCAGGAGCAGGACAGGGAAGCGGCGCAGGAGCAGGACAGGGAAGCGGCGCAGGAGCAGGACAGGGAAGCGGCGCAGGAGCAGGACAGGGAAGCGGCGCAGGAGCAGGACAGGGAAGCGGCGCAGGAGCAGGACAGGGAAGCGGCGCAGGAGCAGGACAGGGAAGCGGCGCAGGAGCAGGACAGGGAAGCGGCGCAGGAGCAGGACAGGGAAGCGGCGCAGGAGCAGGACAGGGAAGCGGCGCAGGACAGGGAAGCGGCUAUGGCCAGGGCACAGGAGCAGGACAGGGAAGCGGAGCAGGAGCAGGACAGGGAAGCGGCGCUGGAGCAGGACAGGGAAGCGGCGCUGGAGCAGGAGCAGGACAGGGAAGCGGCGCUGGCCAGGGCGCUGGAGCAGGACAGGGAAGCGGCGCUGGAGCAGGACAGGGAAGCGGCGCUGGAGCAGGACAGGGAAGCGGCGCUGGAGCAGGACAGGGAAGCGGCGCUGGAGCAGGACAGGGAAGCGGCGCUGGAGCAGGAGCAGGACAGGGAAGCGGCGCUGGAGCAGGAGCAGGACAGGGAAGCGGCGCUGGAGCAGGAGCAGGACAGGGAAGCGGCGCUGGAGCAGGAGCAGGACAGGGAAGCGGCGCUGGAGCAGGAGCAGGACAGGGAAGCGGCGCUGGAGCAGGAGCAGGACAGGGAAGCGGCGCUGGCCAGGGCGCUGGAGCAGGAGCCGGACAGGGAAGCGGCGCUGGAGCAGGAGCAGGACAGGGAAGCGGCGCUGGAGCAGGAGCAGGACAGGGAAGCGGCGCUGGAGCAGGAGCAGGACAGGGAAGCGGCGCUGGAGCAGGAGCAGGACAGGGAAGCGGCGCUGGAGCAGGAGCAGGACAGGGAAGCGGCGCUGGAGCAGGAGCAGGACAGGGAAGCGGCGCUGGCCAGGGCUCUGGAGCCGGACAGGGAAGCGGCGCUGGCCAGGGCUCUGGAGCCGGACAGGGAAGCGGCGCUGGCCAGGGCUCUGGAGCCGGACAGGGAAGCGGCGCUGGGGCAGGAGCCGGACAGGGAAGCGGCGCUGGGGCAGGAGCCGGACAGGGAAGCGGCGCUGGCCAGGGUGCUGGAACAGGAGCAGGACAGGGAAGUGGCGCUGGAGCAGGAGCCGGACAGGGAAGUGGCGCUGGAGCAGGACAUGGAAGCGGCUAUGGCCAGGGCGCAGGAGCAGGACAGGGAAGCGGCGCUGGAGCAGGACAGGGAAGCGGCUAUGGCCAGGGCGCUGGAGCAGGACAGGGAAGCGGCGCUGGAGCAGGACAGGGAAGCGGCGCUGGAGCAGGACAGGGAAGCGGCGCUGGAGCAGGACAGGGAAGCGGCGCUGGAGCAGGACAGGGAAGCGGCGCUGGAGCAGGACAGGGAAGCGGCUAUGGCCAGGGCGCUGGAGCAGGACAGGGCAGCGGCGCUGGAGCAGGACAGGGCAGCGGCGCUGGAGCAGGACAGGGCAGCGGCGCUGGAGCAGGACAGGGCAGCGGCGCUGGAGCAGGACAGGGAAGCGGCUAUGGCCAGGGCGCUGGAGCAGGACAGGGCAGCGGCGCUGGAGCAGGACAGGGCAGCGGCGCUGGAGCAGGACAGGGCAGCGGCGCUGGAGCAGGACAGGGCAGCGGCGCUGGAGCAGGACAGGGAAGCGGCUAUGGCCAGGGCGCUGGAGCAGGACAGGGAAGCGGCGCUGGAGCAGGACAGGGAAGCGGCGCUGGAGCAGGACAGGGAAGCGGCUAUGGCCAGGGCGCUGGAGCAGGACAGGGAAGCGGCGCUGGAGCAGGACAGGGAAGCGGCGCUGGAGCAGGACAGGGAAGCGGCUAUGGCCAGGGCGCUGGAGCAGGACAGGGAAGCGGCGCUGGAGCAGGACAGGGAAGCGGCUAUGGCCAGGGCGCUGGAGCAGGACAGGGAAGCGGCGCUGGCCAGGGCGCUGGAGCAGGACAGGGAAGUGGCGCUGGAGCAGGACAGGGAAGCGGCUAUGGCCAGGGCGCUGGAGCAGGACAGGGAAGCGGCGCUGGAGCAGGACAGGGAAGCGGCUAUGGCCAGGGCGCUGGAGCAGGACAGGGAAGCGGCGCUGGAGCAGGACAGGGAAGCGGCGCUGGAGCAGGACAGGGAAGCGGCUAUGGCCAGGGCGCUGGAGCAGGACAGGGAAGCGGCGCUGGAGCAGGACAGGGAAGCGGCGCUGGAGCAGGACAGGGAAGCGGCUAUGGCCAGGGCGCUGGAGCAGGACAGGGAAGCGGCGCUGGAGCAGGACAGGGAAGCGGCUAUGGCCAGGGCGCUGGAGCAGGACAGGGAAGCGGCGCUGGCCAGGGCGCUGGAGCAGGACAGGGAAGUGGCGCUGGAGCAGGACAGGGAAGCGGCUAUGGCCAGGGCGCUGGAGCAGGACAGGGAAGCGGCGCUGGAGCAGGACAGGGAAGCGGCUAUGGCCAGGGCGCUGGAGCAGGACAGGGAAGCGGCGCUGGAGCAGGACAGGGAAGCGGUUAUGGCCAGGGCGCUGGAGCAGGACAGGGAAGCGGUUAUGGCCAGGGUGCUGGAGCAGGACAGGGAAGCGGCGCUGGAGCAGGACAGGGAAGCGGCUAUGGCCAGGGCGCUGGAGCAGGACAGGGAAGCGGCGCUGGAGCAGGACAGGGAAGCGGCGCUGGAGCAGGACAGGGAAGCAGCGCUGGAGCAGGACAGGGAAGCGGCGCUGGAGCAGGACAGGGAAGCGGCGCUGGAGCUGGACAGGGAAGCGGCUAUGGCCAGGGCGCUGGAGCAGGACAGGGAAGCGGCGCUGGAGCAGGACAGGGAAGCGGCUAUGGCCAGGGCGCUGGAGCAGGACAGGGAAGCGGCGCUGGCCAGGGCGCUGGAGCAGGACAGGGAAGUGGCGCUGGAGCAGGACAGGGAAGCGGCUAUGGCCAGGGCGCUGGAGCAGGACAGGGAAGCGGCGCUGGAGCAGGACAGGGAAGCGGCUAUGGCCAGGGCGCUGGAGCAGGACAGGGAAGCGGCUAUGGCCAGGGCGCUGGAGCAGGACAGGGAAGCGGCGCUGGAGCAGGACAAGGAAGCGGCUAUGGCCAGGGCGCUGGAGCAGGAGCAGGACAGGGAAGUGGUCAAGGGAAGUGUCGGGGAUGUGGCAAAGGUCAAUGUCGCCUUUAGGGACAUGUUCAUGGGAAUUUUGCAUAAUACUUUCUGGGGGUCUUUUCCAAUGCUUUUGUUCAGAUGUCAUGUUUUCCCUGUUUGCUCAAACUGUUUAGAAAGAUUUUCUGACUCUCUCUACCACUACUAUCACCUCAAAUAAAUAAAAAAUUGCUUGAUUUGAA